AUGGAUGUUGACGGGGGAGAUGCUGAACCACCGGAUUUAUGCGAAUAUAUAAGGUUCGAGUCCCUAACCCUCCUCCAGUGGAAUUGUCGGAGCAUCAGGAAUAAGAAACCUGAUAUAAUUCACUUAAUUAACUCUUAUAAUCCUUCAAUACUUGCAAUAUCGGAAACCUGGCUUAAGCCAGGGUCCCCAUUUAGAAUCCCAGGCUUCUCCUGUUAUCGUAGUGAUAGGAGUGACGGCUAUGGCGGUGCUCUGAUCCUACUAAACAGGACCAUUCCCUUAUCACCUAUCCAGCUUCCUCCUAUACUAGGCAAUAUUAAUGCAGUAGCUGUUAAAGCUUUGGACAUCACAAUUCUAUCCAUCUACAUUCCAUCACCCACUCCUUCUUGUAUUCCAGAACUCAAUUUAAUCCUAUCAAGCAUCUCCCCACCUUACAUUGUUCUAGGAGACUUCAACAGCCAUCAUGUUAUGUGGGGUUCCCAUAAAACUGACUCUUUUUCUUAUUUGCUACUUGAUGUCUUCAAUGAAUUUAAUCUUUGUCUUCUAAACGAUGGCUCUCCCACCAGAAUGUCCUACCCUUCGCAGAAUACUAGAUCCGUAGGAGACUUGUCAUUGUGCUCUCCAAUCUUGGCUGCUAGCAUAUUAUGGAAAACUCUUCCUUCCUCUUUUGGUAGCUAUCACUUUCCCAUCCUCUUAAACCUAAGUAAUAGAUGUGUCCCUGCUCGAAGUAUAUUUCCCCUUUUCAAAUUCAACCUGUCUGAAGCUGAUUGGGACGUAUUUUCCUCAGAAUCAGAACUUUAUAUCAAUAACCUUCCCCCAGUUUCUUUAGAUAACUUUCAAAGUGUCUACUCCCAAUUUAUAACCCUUCUGAAUAAUAUAGCCAGCAAAAUUUUCCCUUUGAAGAAUUCCUCCACAAAAAAAAUUUCUUCACCUCCAUGGUGGGAUCGUGACUGCUCCUCAAUUAUUAGAAAACGAAAGGCUGCAGAAAGACUAUAUUCCUCUUACAUGACCAUGGAAAAUUUUCUAGACUAUCAAAAAAUAGCUGCUCAGACCAAAAAACUUCUCUCCGAAAAGAAAAAAAAAGGAUGGCUUUCAUUCUGUGAGAGCUUAUCUCCCCGAUCACCUUCUUCUCUUGUUUGGCAAAGUAUCAGGCGCUUCCGUGGUGCUUUAAAUUAUAGUAAUCCCCCUUGUGCAGAUCCUUCCCACUGGUUAGACGACUUCAGUAACAGACUGGCUCCCCCCUGGGUUCUAUUGGAAGAAGAGAUAUUCCCUAACUCUAAAUCAUUCCCUCCUCAACCAUCUAACUCUCUUAAUAACCUUAAUGAACCAUUUUCAAUAGCUGAACUGCAGUUAGUACUUAGGCACCUAAAGGAUUCCACUCCUGGCAUUGAUGGUAUACCCUACUCAUUUUUAGUUAAUAUGGGUACUAAGUGUAAGCAGUUCUUUUUAAACAUGAUUAACUUUGCUUUUACAACCGGUUCCAUUCCUCAUGAUUGGAAAACUCAUAUUAUUAUACCCAUUCUAAAAUCUGGUAAAGACCCUUCUUCAUCAUCAAGUUAUCGCCCUAUUGCUAUUUCAUCAACCUUGUCUAAAAUCAUGGAGCACCUCGUAAAAAAUCGACUUGAGUGGAUUCUUGAAAAUAGAGGCAUUAUACCAAAGAGCCAAUUUGGUUUUAGAAAAGGUUUUAGCACAAUGGAUAGCCUUAGCAUUUUUGUAUCCGAUAUAAGACUUGCCUUCUCCAAUAACAAUUUUCUGGUAGGCGUUUUUAUUGAUGUUUGUGCGGCAUAUGAUAAUGUUGUUCUCCCACUGCUCAGGCAAAAAAUGCAUCAGCUGAACAUUCCUGAGAGAAUAACAAAUUUCGUAUCAAAUUUACUUUCACAUAGACGCAUAUUAGUCCGUUCUGAAGGGAGAUUUUUACCAGCUAGAUUUACCUGGAAGGGACUACCACAAGGCUCUGUCUUGAGCCCUUUGUUAUACAGCCUCUACACUCAUGAUCUAGACAGAUCUGUGAAUUACUUAGGUAAUGUCCUGCAAUAUGCAGAUGACAUAGCCUUGUUUGUAACUGAUGCCUCUACUGCCAAAGCUACCUCCCGUUUAUCCCAAGCUGUCAACUAUCUUAAUAACUGGCUGUUUGAGCAUGGCCUAUCAAUAUCUCCUUUGAAAUGCAGUACUGUGGUUUUCUCUAGGCGAAGGCAAAUACCAGAAGUGUCCAUAUAUAUUGAAAAUACCCUAAUCCCCACUGAAAAUCAGGUGAAAUUUCUAGGAGUUAUUCUGUAUAACAAAAUGACAGGAAUUCCUCAUCUAUCAUAUAUUGCUUCCAAAUGUGAAAAAAACCUCAAUGUAAUCCGAUCCCUGUCAGGAGCCUGGUGGGGUUCCCACCCCUACUCCCAAAAGCUUUUAUACAAUGCUCUUAUUAGAAGUCAUUUUGAUUAUGGCUGCUUUUUACUGGAACCAUGUAGCAAAAUGGCUCUUAAUACCUUGGACAAAAUUCAAUCAAAAUGUCUACGUAUAAUAACAGGUGCCAUGAAAUCUACUCCCAUUUCUGCUCUACAAGUUGAAUGUGUUGAGCCCCCCUUAUUUCUACGUAGACAAUAUCUCUCAGAUAGGUUUCUGUUCAAAGCUGCUAGUUAUUCACACCAUCCUCUCCUCUCCAAACUUCGUUCUUUGUAUCAGUCGGUCAGGGACUCUCCAUAUUGGUCCCACAAGGAUUUGCCAUGUAUUAUAAAAAGUUAUAUUAAAUUAGUCAAUGUUCACUCUCUUGUUUAUCAAUCCCAUAGCAAUCCACUUUUCAAUAUCCCAUACGAGGCUCUAAUUUUCAACCCAGACAUUAUUCUAAAUUUCGGAAUAGACAAGAAUACUAUUGAAGUAAAUAACAAAUUAAAUAUGCUCCUCCUCCAAAAUUGGCAUGAUUGGUUAAUUAUGUACACUGAUGCUUCAAAGUUAAGUGACGAGGGAUUAGUUGGGUCCGCAGUCUGGAUCCCCAAAUACAAGAUUAUUUUAAAUUUUAACUCUCCGCCUGACUCAUCUGUAUUCACAGGUGAGUCUUUAGCUAUUUUAGAGGCAGUCUUAUAUGCGGAAUCUCACAAUCUGGAAAGGACUCUCAUCUUCUCAGACUCCCUCAUUUGCCUUCAAAGCAUUGCAUCCAGUCCUUUUCACUCUAAGAUAAGAUACCCCCUAAUUUUAAAUAUUAGAAAGUCUCUGUUCAACUGCCAUAAAAAAGGGCUGAAAAUUGUUUUGGCUUGGAUCCCUAGCCACUGCGGGAUUCAGGGUAAUGAUAUUGCGGAUCAUUUAGCUAAAGAAGCCGCCAAAUCUGGCUCCCUCCCUAAACAAUGCCUCUAUACAUAUGACCUCCUACCAAAGGCUGGAUCCAGCCUUCUGUCUACAUGGCAAAGUAUCUGGCAUCAGUCUAAACUUUUAAAAUAUAAACACUAUUCCAAAGUCCAAAUUAAUAUCCCAUCAAAACCCUGGUUCUUUCAAUAUCGUCACUUUAAUAAAUCAAUCACCUCUACUGUCUGUCGCCUUCGCUUUGGACAUGCUUGUACUCCGGUACACUUGGCUAAACUAAGGAUUAGGGAUAGCUCAAUAUGUGAAUGUGGGCUAGACGAAGGAUCCGUAAACCAUCUGUUCUUUGAGUGUCCUAACCUUUCUCACUUUCUCUAUGAUAUCCUGCCCCACUACAUCCCGCGUCCUGUAAAUUUCCAGUAUUUGUUGCCCCUAGUGUAUAUUCCUUUUGUAAAUAUUUUGUGUGAUUUUAUUCGUACUAAUAAUAUUAAACUGUAA